UCUCACCUUCCUCCCCCACACUGCCUCUGUGGGGCUGUGUGUGAAAUUGCGCUUAUUAACCAGUGAGCCCAGCAUAAUCAAUUAACUGUGUACAUGGGUACACGUUCACAUUCCUAACUUUAAUAAAAGUGACUUUUUUUUUGUCAGAUGUGAAACCUGUAGUGGAGAGGAAGCAAAGUAUAAGUGUCCACGGUGCAUGAAAUACUCCUGCAGUUUGGUGUGUGUAAAGAAGCACAAAACUGCACUGAGUUGUAAUGGAAUCAGAGAUAAGGCAGCAUUUGUCUCCAUAAAUGAGUUUAGCGAGUUGAAUCUCCUAAGUGAUUAUUGUUUUCUUGAAGAUGUAGGAAGGAUGGCUGAUGGUGCUGUUCGAGAUAUUUCCUUGCAUAGACCAACAACUAACAAAUCUAUAAAUUAUUUGAGAAACCGAGCUCGAAAGCACAAUAUCUAUUUGAAAACUUUACCCAUUGGAUUUACAAAAAGAAGAGAAAAUACAACCACAUUCAAUAAGAAGGAGCAAAGGUUCUACUGGCAUUUGAAGCUCAUAUUUCCUCAGAGUCAUGCCGAAUACAUAGUAAAAAGGGUGUCCGAUGAUAAAAUACUAGGUGAAAUCCUUAAACCUUACAUUGAUCCUGAAGAAUCAGAUCCUGUUGUUCGUCAAAAAUUAAAAAUAUAUACAAUGUCUCCUCCAUCAGAUAUACAAAUUUUAAUGAAAAUAGAAAACAGGCAACAUAAUUCUGUCAGCUAUGAUGAAUUGGAUACCAGUAAAAGCCUUCGAGAUAAUUUGAAAGACAAGGUAGUAAUUGAGUACCCAACAUUGCUUGUGGUGUUGAAAAAAUUCAAGAAUGAUAUGGUGGCUCUCAGCCAAGAUGCCAAUGAAUCCACUGAGGACUUGGAUAGUGAUAGCUCAUCACUCUCGUCUGAGGAAGAAGGGGAAAUACGGGACAGUUCUUGAAAAAUCUCUUUUGAUAGGAGGAGAUGUGGUCAGCAUUUUGUAACUUAUUUUUUCCAUUAAAUUUAUUUUGACAAUUUUGUUUUAAGGGCAACAUUUUUAAAACCGGAUGCCUAACUUUAAGGCAAGUCCUAGCCAUGCAUUUCCAUUCAUCACUAUAUAGCUCUAAGAUACAUUCAUCUUGUGUAGUAAUCUUGGACAUCUAGCUUUUUUCUUUACAUCCCAGCUCCGUAUUUCUCAAACAGAACUUAAAAAUCUUGCUGUUGACUUACGUGCCUAACUUUUGACUCCUAUUUUUUCAAUAAAAUCUUGAUCUAAAUGUUUUUCUAGUUGGACUUACUUUUUACAGUAUUUCUUUGCCAUGCUGAGCCUCUAUAGACUGUCAUAAUUCCUUAUUGACUAUAAUGUUCAUUUGUUAACUAUUUGUAUGUUUAGUGCAGUAAAUUUAACUUUUCAUGUUUAAGAGCUUAACACAUUGUGCCAGGAUCCUGUGAGAACCACUGUCUUCUGGCUACAGCAGUAGUGCACUUUUGAAAUGUUAGCCUGAGGUUGUUUUAAAUUAGCGUAAGUUUGAAAAUCAAUAGAACUGAAUAAAUUCACUAAAUGCAGGUAAUGCUUAUACAUUUAUGGCUUACAAAUAUUGCUUAUUUUGUGUAUCUUUAUAUUGUGGUUUCAUCUGUUGAAAUCAGAUAUUGUAAAUAUUUCCUAGUUUUAAUGGAUUAUCUUCUCAGAUUUAUCUCUAAUUUAAUAUAAAUAAAAGAUGCUGCAUA